GCUCUAACCUCUCCUGGUCAAUACUAUGGCCAAGACCCCUAGUGACCAUCUCUUGUACUCCCUGGAGGAGCUGGUGCCCUAUGACUUUGAAAAGUUCAAGUUCAAGCUGCAAAACACCAGCCUGGAGAAGGAGCAUCCUCGGAUACCCCGAGGCCAGCUCCAGACAGCUAAGCCAGUGAAGCUGGCCACUCUGAUGCUCACCCACUAUGGGGAGAAGUGUGCCGUGCGGCUGACACUGCAGGUCCUGAGGGCCAUCAACCAGCACCUCCUGGCAGAGGAGCUCCACAGGGCGAUUGGUCCAGAAUAUCCGAUACAAGAAAGUGGCACUGACUGUUUGGCAAUGUCUUGUUUAUCUGGGGAGAAUAAGCCCAAAAACCUAAGGAUACCAGAUGGCCUGGAAGGUGACAGGCAGCAGCCAAGUGGUGAUGGGACAACCAGCCAGCCCGAGGCUGGUAAGGGGCCCCAGAAGAAGCCUCAGGGUAAACGGAGAGAUCAGAAGGGCUCAGAGGGCCUGGAUGUCCAGGGCAAGCCAGGCCCUAGGAGUGUAAAUCUGUCUUCCAAGAGAAGUCCAUUCCCAGGCAAGCCACAAGGGGAGAAGGGGAGCAAUUCAAGUGUCAGACUACGCAGGAAUGCCAGCUCUGCAGGAAGACUCCAAGGACUUUCCAGUGGGUCACCUGCUGGGUCCCCGGGCAGGAAAGAAUGCAAGAUAUCUGAACCAUAUGUACCUUCAAAAAAGAAUCGACCCAGAAGUCUUGAAUUUACCAUUUCUUCAGGAGAGAGAGAACUGCCCAAUCUAGGAACUCUUCUGCCUCAAGAGAAAAUCAUAAGUGAGAAUCCUAACUCACCAGCUAUCCUCCGCAAAGUGGCCACUCUGACUGUAGGGGCUACCGUAGCUCUGAAGAAAUGCUCCAGAAAUCCAGAACAUUCUGCAACCCUGGAUGGGGAAGCAUUCAGGAAUGUGCUUUCCAAUAUGUCAUUGGCUGGAGAGGAGAAGACCUGGGAGCAUCCAAAAUCCACACCUUCAGAGAAAAACAAAAAUGAGGAACCAGAGACCCCUGGGACCGCGGGGGAGGCAGUAGGCAGUGAGCCUUUAAAUCCAGGAGUCCCUCCAUCUUCAGGGAGGCCGCAGGAUGAAGUUGUGUGUCCCCUUUGCCGUGCCCAGGAAGGAGACCCGGUUGGUGGCACUUGUGUGCACAAUUCUUGCAGCUGCUCCAUUGAUUCUAGGGAUCCCAAGACCUCGGGUGGUUGCUUGCCCAGCUGCCCCAGGUACCAGGCCUCACUCCCAACAGAGAGCUCUGGAGACCCUGAGCGACAGGAGGGCCUACUGAUGGCCUGCCUGAGCCCUAAGCCCCUGCCACAAUGUGAGCGUCACAUGAAGCAGGCCCAGUUGCUCUUCUGUGAGGACCAUGGGGAAACUAUCUGCCUCAUCUGCAGCCUGAGUCAGGAGCACCGAGGCCACUGGGUACGCCCCAUCGAGGAAGCUGCUCUGGAAUACAAGGAGCAAAUUCAGAAGCAGCUGGAGCAUCUGAAGGAGCUGAGAAAAUCUGGAGAAGAGCAAAGAUCUCAGGGGGAUAAGAACAUAGCAAACUACCUGAAACAAACUGAAAUCCAGAAGCAAAGAGUCAGGUACCAGCUGGAGAAGUUACACCGCUUUCUGGAGCAGCAAGAGCAGCUCUUUAUGGCCUGGCUAGAGGAACUAGGCCAGACCAUUGGCCAGGUCAGGGAGACGUAUGACAGCCAAGUGUCGAGGGAUAUUGCCGAUCUCAACAAGCUAAUUGAGGAGCUGGAAGCCAAGCAGUGUCAGCCAGAAUGGGAGCUUAUGCAGGACAUCGGAGUCAUCCUGCACAGAGCCAAGACAGUGACUAUCCCUGAGCCAUGGACCACUCCUCUAGAGGUAAAAGAAAAGAUCCACCUCCUCCACCAGAAAUCAGAGUUUGUGGAGAAGAGCGUAAAGCAUUUCUUGGAAACCCUGCGUUCAGGAAUGGAAACCUUCAAUGUUCCAGAACUGAUUGGUGCUCAGGUACAUGCUGGUAAGUGCCCAGUUCAAGGUGAGUGGCCUUGGCCUGAUGGGUCCCUGUGCUGCCCCUGCGUUCCAGAAGAGCAGCCCUGCCCAUGUUUCCUGGAGGUGGGGAGAACCUGUGGGGAUGUUGCCCAUGAACCCCUUGCUAGGUAUUCUCAUUAUCUCUGCAGUUAA